UUGAAAUCCCAUACUUCAUCUCCUAUAACCUUAGCAAACAUGGCAAGACUUGGCUUUAUUUCCUUGCUAGUUCUCUUUCAUGUUGUUUACCUGGUUGGUAAAGCAGACUCACACCCACCUAGACACUCUACUUCCACUAAUUUCAUCAAAGCUUCAUGCAGAGCAACCCAAUAUCCAGCUCUGUGUGUUCAAUGCCUUGCAGGUUAUGCACGCUCUAUUCGACAGAGUGAAAGACAGCUAGCUCAGACUGCUCUGGCAGUGAGCUUAUCCCGGGUGCGAAAAGCUGAAUCCUUUGUGGUGAAGUUGACUAAGGUUAGGGGGAUCAAGCCUAGGGAGUACAGAGCUGUGAAGGACUGCAUAGAGAACAUGGGAGAUGGCGUGGACCGGCUUGGCCAGUCGAUGAGGGAGCUUGGACAUAUGGGACGAGCCUUUGGUCAGGAGUUCAUGUGGCACAUGAGCAAUGUGCAGACUUGGGUUAGUGCUGCACUCACUGAUGAGACCACUUGUCUUGAUGGUUUUUCAGGUCGUGUUAUGAACGGGAACAUCAAGGUUGCUAUAAUAAGAAGGAUCAAUAAUGUCGCUCAGGUAACUAGCAACGCGCUCGCUCUGGUUAAUCGCUUUGCUGCUAAACAUCGGGCGGCUGCAGCUGCCAAUGAGCCCCAGAUCUAGCACUCACUUGGUUAUAUGUAAAGGUGACUUGGUAUUGGUAAGGUUUGUGACUUUGUGCCUGGCCUAGUUUUUGUUUAGAGGGUAUUAUUGUUC